GCAUUUUCUUGUUGUGCAGGGUGAGAUGGUGCUAUCUUGGCUGAGCGGCUGGGAGUCGGCGGCGGUGGGCGAGCGCUGGAGCGGGCGCGCGCGGCGCGUGGGGGGCGGCGCGCUGGGCGGCGGCAGCCUCAACGUGUCCUCCGUGCGCGAGUCCGACGCCGGCCUCUUCCGCUGCCGCGUGUCCUUCCCCAACCGCAGCCCGCCCUCGCGCAACAACGGCACCUUCUACUACCUCGACGUGGACGGUGAGUGCAGCCCCAACGUGUCCUCCGUGCGCGACUCCGACGCCGGCCUCUUCCGCUGCCGCGUGUCCUUCCCCAACCGCAGCCCGCCCUCGCGCAACAACGGCACCUUCUACUACCUCGACGUGGACGGCGGUACAGUGAUAGCAGUGCCGCCGGUGAACGUGACAGUGGUGGAGGGCGAGCGCGCGGAGCUAGAGUGCGGCGCCAAGGAGCCAGAUGCCCUAGUGCAGUGGAGCCGCGAAGGGCAGCCGCUGUCCGAGCUAAGCGAACUAUAUGCGCGCGCCGAGCUGCCCGCCAACGGCUCGCUGGUGCUGAUGAACGCGCUCGCCGCCGACGCCGGCCUCUACGAGUGCAGCGUGCAGCACGAGGACCGCCAGCAGACCGCCGAGGCCUACCUCGACGUGCAGUACAAAGCAAAGGUGGUGUACGCUCCCGACGAGCGCUACCUGCCGCUGGGCAAGCCGGCGAGCUUGGACUGCCACUUUAGCGCCAAUCCACCGCUUACCAACCUGCGCUGGGAGAAGGACGGCUUCCUCUUCGACCCCUACAACGUGCCCGGUGUCUUCUACAGCCGCAACGGCAGUCUGCUGUUCAAUAGAGUGGACGAGUCCCACGAGGGCCAGUACUCGUGCACGGCGUACAACGCGCUGGGGUCCUCGGGCCCGUCGCCGCGCGUGCGCGUGCGCGUGCAGCGGCCGCCCGUGCUGCUGACGCGGCCGCAGCCGCUGUACCUGGCGCGCCUCGGCCAGCCGCUCGCGCUGCCCUGCGCCGCCGCGCACCAGCCGCACCACGACCCGCCCCGUGUCAUCUGGAGCCGCAAAGACGGAGCACCCCUGCCAGACGAGCGCUUCACGUUGGAGGAGGGCAAGCUGAGCAUCAGCGCCGUGGCGGAGGAGGACCGCGGUGUGCUGGUCUGUACCGUCAGCAACGAGGCGGCCGAUGUCAGUGCCGAGACCGAGCUGCUCAUCGAGAACCUGCCGCCGCGCGCGCCCUACAACCUCACCGCGCGCGCCACCGCCCACGCUAUACAGCUCACCUGGGUUCCUGGCAGACGCGGCGUGGACGCGGAGUAUACGGUGUGGUACCGCGAGCGCGCGGCGCACGAGUGGCGCACGUUGCGGCUGCUGUCACGCGGCGUCACCGAGGCCUCGCUUACGAAUCUCCGGGCUUCCACCCCGCACGAACUGCGUGUGCUGGCCACCGACAGCCUCGGCGACGGACUGUUCAGCAAGCCCCUCUUCGUCACAACCCUAGAUCCCGACGUUGACGAAAGCGAAGCGGCAUUCGUGGCAGCCGUGACGGAGACGAGUGACGGCGCAGCCACCGCGGGCGAGGACGAACUCGAGGAGGACAUCGCCAACGCAGGCGACGUGGCACAGGAGACAAUUACAGAUGCAGGUCACCUGGAGGUGACUGUUCGGCUGCUGGACGAGGCCGCGUUGGUGCGCUGGGCGGGCGCGGGCCCCGGCCGCUGUGACCUGCGCUGGUACCGCGAUGAACAAGCUGGUCGUCGGUUACUGGCUACCGCACACACCCACCACGACCACCUGCUGGUGAGCUCGGUGGAGGAGGGCGCGCGGUACUGGGCGUCGGUGGGCUGCGGCGACGCGCGCGGCGGCGCCGGCGUGUCGGUGCCCGCGUACUCGCGGCUGCGCGCCGUGGCGGGCGGCUGCGCGGCGGCGGCGCUGCUGCUGGCGGCGGCGGCGGCGGCGCUCGUGCUGCUGCGCCGCCGCCUGCCGUGCGCGCGCCGCCCGAGAGCCGCGCCGCAGCUGCCGCCGCCGCCGCCCAAGCGACGAUAUUGACCAGUGACUGCUGAACUCUAAAUUAAUUACUUUUAAGUAUGGGCCAUACGAAACGUAGAGGUGAAAAAUCAAAAAUAUGUCUGCGUGGUCUCCUUUUAUUAGUAAGUUACUUUUUUCUUCCAAAAUUGGAACUGUGAAGAAUUUACAAAUAUUUAUUUGUACCUCUUAAGUAUUCUUAGGGAUUAAGAUGCAUGAAAACAGUAAUGUAUAAAAUGUGUAUAAUGGUCUUUAUUCAUAAGCGUUAGGUGGCGUUAGUGUGACCGAAUGUUAGUAAAUUAUUUCCAAAGCGUUCCCUAGUCAGCUCCCUAGUUCUGCGGAAAUUGAGAUCUACAUAUACCUACACACCUUAUGUACCUACUUACCUACGGUAUGCAUUGUAGAAAUGAGUAAGUUAUUUGAUUUCUCGGCAAUAAGUAUAUUUUUUUAAUGAAAAUAAAUGAUAAGAAAAAAUAGGCUAUAACUAACAA